UUUGAUUCCACAUGUUAACUCCUUACUCCUUACUUACUCUGACAAGGAAAUCACAAACUAUAGAGACUAUAUAUAAAUACUGUAUAUAGACCAUAUAUUGUGUUUCACAUUACUGGUUCCUAGUGAAGCCUGUUGCUUUCCUGCUGAUUAUACAUUAUUUCAUCAUCUGGGCAGGUUUACUGCUGAGAGGAGGAGUCCCGACUCACAUCACCGCUACCGUAUGUGUAUAUUUGGAGAAAAUGAGCUUAGAGCCCUCUGAUUUGUCACUGGGCCUGUUUGAUGUUUUCCUGUAGUUCCUCUGAUAAGGCAGUGCUGAGUGUGAUUGGUGGGUGGGGGCGUGUUCACUCUGGGGGGCAGGAUGGUAUAAAGACCCUCGCUGAGAGCUCAGAGGUGAAGGUUGGAGUCUCAGCUCUGGGGAGAGCUGGUUUGUCUUGAUGAAGAUGGAGAUCUGCCUGUUCAUCCUCCCUCUCUCAUGCCUGCUUCUGCUCACCACAGCCAACAGUGACAUCAGGCUGGUGGAUGGCGGCAGUCCCUGUGCUGGGAGAGUGGAGGUUCUUCAUGAAGGACAGUGGGGUACAGUGUGUGGUGAUUACUGGGAUAUAGAGGAUGCUGCAGUGGUGUGUAGGCAGAUGUUCUGUGGAGAUGCUGCAGCAGCACCACAGUAUGGUCACUUUGGAGCAGGAACAGGGAGCAUCUGGAUGGACAACGUGAACUGUGGAGGGUCAGAGUCGACACUGAAGGCCUGUGGACACAAUGGAUGGGGACGUCAUAACUGUGGUCGUUACCAGGAUGCUGGAGUCGUCUGUUCAGGAAAUGUUGAAAUGCAGCUGACAGGAGGCCCUCAUCCGUGCUCUGGGAGACUGGAAUUAAAACAUGGAGACUCAUGGUACACAGUGUGUGACCCUGACUUUGACCUGCAGGAGGCAAAGGUUGUGUGUCGGCAUCUGCGCUGUGGGAUCCCUGUGGAGGAGCCCUGGGAGGCUGCAUUUGGGGAGGGGGGCGGGCAGGUGUGGUCAAAGAAGGUUAACUGUAAAGGGGAUGAAUCUUUUCUUGGUCUUUGUGAAAGAUCAUCCACAGAGAAACAAGACUGCACUCAUGAGACUGAUGUCGGGCUGAAGUGCAUAUGGUACACAGACUCCAGGCUGGUGGGCGGCCCUGACUCCUGCUCCGGGAGGGUGGAGCUGCAGUACCUCAGUGAGUGGGGGACAGUGUGUGAUGCAUCCUGGGAUAUGAGAGCAGCCAGUGUCCUCUGUCGGCAGCUGCAGUGUGGGGGCGCUGUGGCAGUGCCAGGACAGGCCUGGUUUGGAGAGGGGAGGGACCACAUCUGGGCUGAUGUGUUUGAGUGCCAGGGGAAUGAGACACACCUCUCCCAGUGUGCUGUGUCCUCAUGGAGUCGAGCUGCAUGCUCUCAUGGACGGGAUGCAGGAGUCAUCUGUGAGGGGUCUAAAUAUCUCUCAGCCCUCAAUGGGACAGUACGUCUGUCUGGAGAGAGUGGCUGUGAGGGUCAGGUGGAGGUUUACUACCAGCUGAGCUGGAGCAGAGUUCUUAUGGACUCCUGGAGCUUCAGGGAGGCCUCUGUGGUCUGCAGGCAGCUGGGCUGUGGCUCUGCAGUGAGGCUGAACAGUUCCUCCCUGUCUGGGACAGGGGACAGUGAUGUGUGUCUGACAGGGUAUCAGUGCUCUGGGAAUGAGUCUCACCUGUUGAACUGCAGUGAUCAACAGAGACUGAACUGCAGCUCUGGUCCACAUGUGUCCAUAGAGUGUUCCAAGCACAGGUCCAUCAGGCUGGUGGGUGAUGCUGGGGGCUGUGCAGGGAGGCUGGAGGUGCUCCACCAGGGCUCCUGGGGGACAGUGUGUGGAGACUCAUGGGACCUGAAGGAUGCUCAGGUGGUCUGCAGACAGCUCCAGUGUGGGACGGCUCUCCGUGACCCAGUGCCCACCUUCUUUGGACCAGGAACUGGACCCAUCUGGCUGGAUGAGGUGGACUGUGAGGGGAAUGAGACGUCUCUGUGGGACUGUCCUUCAGCACCGAGGGGACAGAAUGACUGUGUCCAUAAAGAGGACGUAGGAGUUGUGUGUUCAGACUUUAAAGAGAUCAGGCUGUCUCAAGGCUGCUCUGGGCAGCUGGAGGUUUUCUACAAUGGCACCUGGGGAAAUGUGUGCUUCAAUCAAAUGGACACAAACACCACCAGUCUGAUAUGUCAAAAUCUCAACUGUGGAAAGAAUGGGACUGUUUCUUACUCACGGUCUCGUCUGAAAGGAGCUCCGAACUGGCUUGAUAACCUGAAAUGUCGCCGACAUGACUCCACACUGUUUCAUUGCCCGUCCUCUAACUGGGGAGACAAUAAAUGUGAUGAAGGUGAAGUGGCUCAGAUCACCUGUGAAGGAUGUUCUGCAGCUUCCAAGGACAGACCAUGUUCACGCCACCGCCCCAUGAGACUGCAGGGCGGCAGUACUGAGUGCUCAGGGAGGGUGGAGUUGUGGCAUAACGGCUCCUGGGGGACGGUCUGUGACGACUCCUGGGACCUGAGAGAUGCUCUGGUGGUCUGCAGACAGCUGGGCUGUGGACCAGCACUGGAGGCUCAUGGGAACUCUGCCUUUGGACGAGGAAAUGGCACCAUUUGGCUGAAUGAGGUGAACUGCAGGGGUGAUGAGCUCCACCUGUGGGACUGUCCUCACUCUCUUCAGGUCCAGUGGAACUGCAGCCACAAGGAGGAUGCUGGUGUUACCUGUGCAGGUUCAUCGCUGCUUAAGGCCACUACAGAGUUUCCUUCAAGAUCCACUACAACAAGAAAAGUUCCUCCUACAGUUGUACCCCCUUCCAUUCCUUUUGUGGUCUUCCUGGUACUGGGAGCUCUUCUCUUCCUGCUGCUGGUGAUAACAGCUGUCCAGUUGUUCCAGAACAGACUGCUGAAGAGAGCUCUGUACCAGGAGGGUCUCACCCCUCUGCACGAGGCCAUUUAUGAGGAGAUAGAGUACAAUCUGACUAGGGGGGAGACCUACAGAGCCCCUCGCAAGGGAAGUGUCCUCUCUGAGGAGCUGCCCUCUGGGUAUGAAGAUGUGGAGGACAGUAAAGGAGACCCUCUCUCAGAGGAAUCAGAGAGAGAAGUGAAGGACGGUGAUGAUGAUGCUGUCAUUACAGGAAAGAUUGCUGAUCAUCUAUCAGGGGAUCUGGUGAUAAAAGACACACCAGCAGACUAUGAUGAUGCUGGUUCUGUUGGGCGGGACUCAGGACAUUUCUUUGGUUCAGGGUUGAUGGUGACAGGAGACACAGCAGAGGACUAUGAUGAUGUUGAGGGUAUAGAGCAGAGCCCACAUGUUUUACCAGGUGAGAGAGCUUUGACCACACUGCCCCCUGGGGAGGGCCCCCCUGAACCUGACCAGACUGACUAUGAUGAUGUGGGGGAGGAGGGACUGACAGUUCUGCCUGAGGAAGCUCCUGUCCAAAGGUUCAUGAAGAUGUUCUUCAAAUGAGCUUCAUGACAGCAGCAUCUACCACAUUAACAUUGCGAUUCACCAUUUUAUGGAUUUUCAAGGUCUUAAGAUAUUUAUUUAAGGUAAAGGCAGUUUAAUAAUAUGCUCUUAUAUAGUAAAAACAACUUUUGUCCACCUGUAAAAUAUAUCUUCCAAAUGGCUACUGCCUGCAACGAGCCACAUAAAUAUUUAUGUCUAGCACUUACAACAUCAUUACACCAUUUACACAUUGUGUAUUUUUGCCUGAUUUUUAAAGCCUUAAAUACCUGUAAUCCUUAUCAGAAGUAGUUUUGGUUACCUGAUUAAUGUCCUGUGUUCACUAUGCUAGUCAGACAUUUGCAUUUAUUUUAUUUAGCAGGGACUUUUCUCCAAAGCGAUGUUCCAGUGACACAAAUAGCACAUCUGUAAUGAACAGCUGUCAAGGAUUUGAUUGGGCAGCUAGACUGUAUUUCCAGUGAAUGUCCAAGUUCACGUGUAAGCAGUAUUGGUGCAAAACCAAGAGCUAGACAACGUCUUACAAUCAAAGCAAGAACCUAAUAUGUCCACUAUACAAAUCAGCAGAAAGUGCAGCUUUAGAAGGAUCCAGAAAACAUCAUUCAUUACUUGUUAUGAGCCUGAGGAUCCACUAACAUUAGCAGAACAUCAGUUUCUCCAUCCAUGCAAAGACCCUGUUUGGAUGGAGAUGUACUGCCACUGGCUCACAGGCUGUUAGAUCAUUGCUGUUCUUAAAUUCACACCCUCCUCUGUUCAGUCUCUGAAUUUGUAUUGCUGCAAUUUUUAGGGAUGGGAAAUGGAAAUACGGGACAAAUCACAUAUUUUUCACAGAGUGGGAACCCCUACCACAGUCCACACCAGGGAUAGCCAAUCUUAUCCGCAAAUGGCCGGUGUGUAUGCGGGUUUUUGGGAUACCCGUUAGCUCAACUGUUCACGCCCAGGUGUGAGGACUCUUCAGCCAAUCAGUCCUCUAAUUCAUCAUCUAAUUACGGAGUCACAGCGAAAACCUGCACACACAGCGGCCCUUUGCGGAUAAGAUUGGCCACCCCUGGUCCACACGGACAACUCCAGCACACGCACAUGACAAAAAUGAGGUAAUGAUUAGAUUACCCAAUCAUAAGGGUUUUCAUAUUACAGCAUGUCCAAAAUAUUUUGUACAUUUUAUUAAAAUAGGAGA